UUUUAAAAUGAUUCUUUUUUUUUUGGUUCUUUUUUUUUCAGAGAUGGGGACCGAACCCAGGGCCUUGGGCUUCCUAGGCAAGCGCUCUACCACUGAGCUAAAUCCCCAACCCUAUACUUGGUUUUCAAAGGAAAGCAGUCUGGGGUGGUAAGGCUCAACCACACAGGCCAGGCUAGUGUUUCCUUGUUAUGCUAAUCUCCCUGGUGGACAGGCAUGGCACUAAAGUUCUCAGAAUUUCCAUCCUCACUCCCACUCUUUCUUCCUUCCCACCCUUGUCCCUUUGCUUGUCUCCGGAAGACUUAGUACAUACACAACAUCCAAUCAUUUGACAAACAAGUGAGAAAUAAGACAUUUCUCAAAGGCCCAAGGUGGGGGUGGGGAGAAGCUAAUUUCUGAUCUAUUUGAGUAGGAGAGAGCAGACACACCCCGGGACUCGAUGACCUUGAACUGAAUCUGUGACUUUUGAGAGUGCUGGGGGCUUAGGCUGAGAGUGUGAGGCAGGGGAGUUGUUUCCAGGCCACCAAACAGUUAAUGGGCCUCUCGGGAAUGAGCAUUGAGAGAUAAAAAUAAGAAUAAUUCGUUCAGGAUAAAAUAAGGCUUCCUACUCGAGGAGAGGUCGAAGACAAGAAGCACGUGGCAAGGCUGCUGAAUGGCACCCUGAAUAGCAGCAGUGUGGACCGGUACCAGCUGGCUUCUGUAAGAGAUUUCUUGAGCCAUACUCAGAGGCAGCCCAAGACUGACGAUGAGAGCAGCAGGCAGAUGGGGGCAGGAGACAGAUGGGGUCCAGAGGGUGGUCCUGAGGACGGGAGAGGCACAGUGGGGCCACGGAAGCCUGACGGACUCCUCUGUCCAGCAGCACAGAUGCAAUACAGCUUGCUCAUAAGCAACCCCCAACUCCAGAGUUGGCACAAGUGGAGUGGCGUGUCCUUGGCUGAUCUUCUGGCGCCCUUCCGAGUGCCCUUGCUCCUUCAAAGAUGGCAAACCAGUGACCACAGGAAGUGCCCCGUUCACAGGAAAGCCUGAAACAGAUCUCGGCCAAGUAGAAAGCAUCCUCGUCUAAACUGGUUUGUAUUUUUCUCUCCCUUGAAUCUUCAAAUGAGAAUUCAUCAGUGAGUCAAAGAGAUGCUAAAAAUAGCCGGCUACAGAAUGCAGAGUGAGGCACAUCACGCCAUCUCGCUCGCCCGCUCGCCCUGCCCAGCCUUCUUCAGUGUGGCCUUCCAGGGCGUCUCCUUUUCAUUAGUCAAAAUGUGAAACACUUCAGGUACACAAAAGCAUUAAUGUUUAAAACCAAUUAUGUAGCUAUUACUGAAAUCUCUGCAUUAAAUCUUACUUAAAAAUGGUCUCCUAGCCAGCCCUGCUAGAGCGCACUCCUUUAAUCCCAACACAUGGGAGGCAGAGGCAGGGGGAUCUCUGUGAGUUCUAGGGUAGCCAGGACUACAUGGUGAGACAUGUCUCAAAGCAAAGAACAAUGACACGAGUUUACUGGCACACUCCCUCUACUUCUAAUCACGACCUUCAUUAGGGUUUCUGAUGGCAAGAGUACAACUCGUUAACAAACAAUGAAUGAAUUAAAAGAAAGCCGCUCCCCACUGGGCUCCCCACUGCAAACUCAUCUUUAUUAAUAACAGCUCACAUCUGAAUCCAGAGGACCACUGACGAAAGGCCUUCACAUAAAUCAUCUUAUUUAAUCCACAACAUUGAGACCAGCAAGGUAAGUCAUUUUUUUUACUCUUUUAAUGUGUAUAAGUGUGUGCACCUAUAUAAACUUCUGUCCAUAUGUGUAUGACCUGUGGAGACCAGAAGUGGGCAGUGGACCCCCUAGAGGGGAGUUAGGUCACUGUGCGCCUCCAGAUGUGAGUGCUGAGACGCAAACGCUGACCUUCUAGAAGCACGCUUGCCGCUCUUAGCCACUGAGCCAUUUCUCCACGCCCGCAAAUUGCUUUUAUAUAUUAAACGAACAAGAGCCUGAGCUAAAGAGAGAAAAAUCCAAACUAAAAAGCCAUGCCUCAAGGACUGGGAGUAUAUAGCUUAGUGGUAGAUAGAACCCUACAUCAAGGGGGCACGGAAGCGUGCCCAGCCACAAAGUCAGUCGGCCUGGCUCUGAGUCCCAUUCUCUUCCUCAGGACCACCUCACCCAGAAGGACCACCCCUCCCAAUAACUGCAAAGAUCUCUGAACCUGUGGGACACUCAACACAAACUGCCUUACACCUUCGAAGUGCACACUAACGAAACGCACGCGGCUAAACGACUCCUCAAUACCCCAUAGGUGCCAAAAUCCUCAUCUUGAAUUAUGAGCCCCAAGCCCACUGUCUGACCUUCCCUCCUUCAGCCUCUAUGAGGAGCUGCUGAGCCUCUGUUAUUGGCCAGAGAGAGAGGGGGGCUGGUUGUUGUUGUUGUUGUUGCUGUUGUUGUUGUUGUCGUUGUUUUAAUUGCUGCUAGCCGGAACUCUGCAUUGCCACAGCUGCCUGGGGAGGAAGACAAAUGUAACAGCAGCCCCAAUAGCUAUCUACCAUCACCUUCUUAAGAUGCUGACCUCUGCUCCAAGCUCCUGCUUCCAAACGGGACAGAUGCCCUGACCUAAAAUAUGUCCAACAUCCCCCCCACCCCCCAACACUGAAACUAAGGCUCAGCCUGGUCAUGGGAUUACCGUUUAUUGUCACUAGAUGUGUGGACUCUUAAGUUUUGACCAAGGAAAAUCAUGAGAAUUAUUACAUAAAUAAACGAGCUGAAAUACUUCUGAAACCUACACUGGUAUUAAAUGAAAGCAGAGAAGCCUGGGGAACAUGACGGGGCGAUUCAUUUUUCCAUAAUUACCAUGACAAUUUUUACUAUUCUAGAACCAGACUCUGUAUCACAGCUAGUUGUAACACUAAGUCUGAUACAAAGGUUCCGUGUGUAAAUUCCCUAGGGGGAAGUAUAAUCAUGGCUAUCAUAACAAAUACAUCUAUGAACGUCUACCGAGCAGAAGCUAUUCAAAUGAGAUGGGCUGCUUUACACACAGCCCCACCCACUCUCCAAGCCUCUGGUCUGAACCAUAUAAAGCGGUCAGAGCUAAGGGGGCUACGUUCACCAGAGGCUGUGGCCAUAGCAACAGGAAAGUAACUAGCACAGAAAACUGGUGCCUGCUCUGGUGUCUUAGCUGUGGUGCCCGAGCCUUAGGAACUGGUUUGCUAGAGGGAUGUGGAAGAGUCUGGAACUUUGGAUAUUAUAAACAGAGGUUCCUGGGCCAUUCUGGUGGGAACACUGGCAACCUGAAGGCUGAAAUAAGUGUGGACGGUGAGGGUCUGGUUCAUGAGGUGUGGAAGAGAGCAAGACUCGACCGGGAGCUCCCCUAGGACGCUCCUGUUACACUCUGGAAUGUUACAUUCAGCAUCGACGUCUCGACGGACGCUGAACUCAAAGGUAAUGGACUAAUUUGUUUUAACACGGGAUGGCAUUUGGGCUGUGUCAGUUACUGCUCACUGCCAUCACCCAGGUCUACAGUGAGCCAGAAACGUAAUGAAGAUGUGCAGCGUGUCCAGGAGAAGGAGCCUGAGCAAGUUGGAAGGCAGCUGCGAUUACUAACGAGAGAGAGAGCUAAGUCAUUAAAGAGGAACCACAGGCCUUCUGCACUGGCUUUCUGCACAGGACCUCACCCACUGGAGGUACCACCUACUGAAUAUGCAAAUUCAUCCGAAAACACGGGGCCACCCAAGGAGCUCCCUGCUUGAAAACAAUCACCUAGGGAACUGUUUCUCCAGGGUCAGGUGUAGAAAUUGUUGUAACUGUGGUCCAAGGGAACUGGAGUCCAUCCCAAAUUAGCAUCCCUUGGCAAUGCCCAUCAUAUGGUACUAUUUUUGCAGGCAUAAAAUAUGCAAGAGGGCGGGAGCUGAGGCUUACCGUGCAGACAUGGCCAAGUCCAAGAACCACACCACACACAACCGGUCCCGCAAAUGGCACAGAAAUGGCAUCAAGAAAACCCGGUCACAAAGAUACGAAUCUCUCAAGGGGGUCGACCCCAAGUUCCUGAGGAACAUGCACUUUGCCAAGAAGCGCAACAAGAAAGGCCUGAAGAAGAUGCAGGCCAACAAUGCCAAGGCAGCGAGUGCACGUGCAGAGGCCAUCAAGGCCCUCGGGAAGCCUCAGGCCAUCAAGCCCAAGAUGCCAAAGGGCUCCAGCCGCAAACUCAGCUGUCUGGCUUUCAUCGCUCACCCCAAGCUUGGGAAGAUUCGAAGCUAUGCGGCCAAGGGUCAGAGGCUCUGCCAACCAAAGCCCAAGGUUCAAACCAAGGCAGAGGCCAAAGCUCCAGCUGAGGCCCAGGCUUCAGCUCCAGCCCAGGCUCCCAAGGGUGCCCAGGCCCCUGUGAAAGCUCCAUAGAAAAGGCGCCUGCCAGUGUGAAGACAGACGACUGCUGUGACACACCCACCUACACACUAUUUGCAGAUGACCAAAGUCUUAUGCUGUUUUUACAAAUAAACUUGAGACAAGAAAAAAAAUAUAUGCAAGAGCAAGGCAGGAGGCAUGAAGUCUUGUGCCAAGGAUCCACAGAGACACCGAGGCUAGGCAGUAUGCGGCAGGGUCC